AUGGAUAAAGUUGUCAAAAUGCUAGAAGAUGCCGUAGAAUUUGUUGGUGAAGAGAAUGUAGUGCAAAUUGUUACAGAUAAUGCUGCUAAUUAUAAGGCUGCUGGAGAAAGAAUGAUGGAGACUAGAAAAAAAUUUUGUAUUGGACACCAUCUUCCUGACUUUCAUUAUGCUAGAGGCCUCUUUGGUAAUGAAACUGCAAAGAGUAGUAGGAAGACCAUGCUACCUACUAAGUGGUGGGACUUCUAUGGAGAUAGUUGUCCAGAACUAAAGAAGUUUGCUAUCCGAGUUCUAAGCUUAACUUGUAGUUCAUCUGGUUGUGAGCGUAAUUGGAGUGCAUUUGAACUGGUUCAUACAAAGAGAAGAAAUCGGUUGCAUCAAAAGAAAAUGAAUGAUUUAGUGUAUGUGAUGUAUAAUUUGAAGUUAAAGGGCAAGCAAAUUAGAAAAACUCCAGAACUUGAAUUUGAUGCAGUGCAUUCUGAUGAUGAGUGGAUAACUGAGGAUGUUAAUGAAAAUAUUGCUGAAAGUGUUGAGCAUUCUCACUUGCCAACAAAUGACAAUACUAAUGAUGAUCCAAAUAGUAAUGAAUUUGCUAUUCCAGGUAUGAAUAUUAAUGAAUUCAACAUCGGUGAGGGAGGUGAGAAUGAGUUAAUUAGGGAUCCACAACAAAAUUUAAUAGAGGAAGAAGAUGAACAUGUGAAUGAUGAUGAUGAUUUUGUUGGCCGUGUUGAACCUGAGGCUGAAAGAAAUGAUGUUUCUGAUGAAGAUGGUGAAGAUGAUGAUAUUGAUGCCAUGGAAGAUGAAGAUAUUGGAGGAUUUGAGUUUUAG